GGUCCGUCGCAGCACUUGGACAGGAAGACGACCACCCACGUCCUCGAGGCACCUUUAUACGCUCCGCCUCGUCCAAUCGUCGUGUGCAUGUCUCUGUCGGGUCUUCUCAGCGCCUCCCUUCGGCCGAAGAAUGUGGGCACCCAUCGACGGGCCUUCCGAUCAUCCGCAAUCACGUACAAGGCCCUCGCAUUCUCUCUGAACAACGUUGCGUCGAGUGUAGUGAAGCCUGAGGCGACCGCUGACCAUGGCGAGGGCAAAGUGCUGCGAAUGCUCAUGUUCGGCAAGCCCGGUGCGGGCAAGGGCACGCUGUCGGGGCGACUGGUGAAGAAGUAUGAUGUCUUGUCUCUGUCGACGGGAGACCUACUUCGACAACAUAUCGCUGAACGGACGGAGGUUGGGUUGAUGGCGGAAGAGAUCGUCGCCUCUGGUGGACUACUGCAGGAUGAUAUCAUGCUCAAGGUCGUUUCAAGCAAGCUGGAUCUGCUUCAUAAUAAGCACUGGCUGCUUGACGGCUUCCCUCGUACAGUUGGACAGGGUAAACUGUUUGAUGACCAUCUGAGACGGCGAGGAACGCCUCUCAGUCUGAUCGUCAACUUGGAUGUCGCCGACGAGGUCAUCCUGAGUCGGAUAUCUGACCGCUGGGUUCACCUAUCAUCUGGUCGCGUCUACAACCUGUCAUAUAACCCGCCCAAAGUGCCAGGCCUUGAUGAUGUGACAGGUGAACCUCUUACCAAACGACCUGACGACAACCCGGCUGUGUUUGCUCGUCGGCUGGAGAAAUUCUACGAAUCAACGUCACCUCUCCUCGACUACUACCGGGCUGAAGCUCCCCGAUCCGGAGUGAAGCUCGUCACACUUUCUGGCUCGACAUCAGACGAGAUCUGGCCGCAGCUCGAAAACGUCGUGCGCACGCACUUUCCGCACGUGAAGGAGCGCGCGGAGAGCAGGGAGCAGAAAAGGCGGACAAGCCUGAGUGAGGCUGUUAUGGCUAGAAAGGACCAUGUCUCGAGUGCUCGGGAGGAGUCUUCAGCUGGGCAGCUGAAGCACUGAUGCGCUGGUUUACGUUUUAUGCUUGGAUAUCUUCUCGUUCGUUCCCUUGUUUCGUCGUUGCUCUUUGCAACAAUGUUUGUCGU